GGCACUGAUUGCUCAAGCUCAUGCGUCACUCAUGCGUGAGUGUGAGGAAAGAGGGCCACAGGUUUUCGAUCGACACGUAUAGACACCAAAACAGCUGGCGCUGGAGCUUAAAAUACCCCAGUCUCCAGAGAAGAGAUCCACAUCCACACAACAUUGACUUCAGGGCUGCCAAGGAUGGGCAGCAGCAGAGCCGGAGGGAAGCGCCUGUGGGCCUGUGGGGUGGUGCUGCUGCUGCUCUGGGGGGCCACGGCCACUGCUCUUCCCCUAGAGGGUGGCCCCAACGGCCAGGACAGCACGCAUAUGCAGGAAGUGGCAAAAGUAAAGAAAAAUGGCCUCCUGACUUUCCUUGCUUGGUGGCAUGAGUGGGCCUCUCAGGCCAGUCCCGGAGCCCUUACUGGAGGGGAUGCCAGUGAGGUUUCCAAACGGCAGGAAGGCCCACCCCUUCAGCAGCCCCCACGCCGAGAUAAAACGCCGUGCAAGAACUUCUUCUGGAAGACCUUCUCCUCCUGCAAAUAAGCCACCCAGGAUGACUUACUUGUGUAAAGUGUGAUGACAGACCCAAAUAAAGCCUAUGAAGA